AUGGAAGCUGAGUAUGUCCUGUGCAAUUGGAAAGACCAGUUAUGGCCAGCGAAAGUUUUGACCAGAUCUGAAACUUCAUCAGACAGUAAGAGACAAAAGACAAUUUCCCUAGAAGUUCAAAUACUCUCACUAGAUGACAAGAUUGAAGUGGAUAUCACAGAAACAAAGAUUCUUGAGAAAUCUCAAGUUGAAGCCAUUGCCUCCUCUCUUGUGCUACAGUCAGAGGACAAUGCCCCACCUCAAGAGGAAACAGCUUACAGAAGAUCACUAAAAGUGGCACUGGAUAUCCUGAAUGAGAGAAAAAAAUUGAAUCAAGCAAGCAUUUCACAUGAAGAAGAGACCAUUGUGAUAUCUGACAAUGAACCACAAAAGCUGUCUGAUUCACCCCCUCGUAAAAAGUAUCGGAGGCAUGAAGAGGACUUACAGGAGUCUCUUGAGGAAAAUAAAGACCCAACAUCCCUGAUAAUAUCUUCAGAGAGUGGUAAUUCCCUGCCUGAUGAUAAAUCACAGGUGAACACAACUAUUGAUACUCCGAGUGAAAUGGAAACAAAGUCAUCACAGAACCCCAUCUGCCAGACUUUCCCUUCACUUUCAGAAGAUGAUGAUGAAAAAGAGAAGAAAAAGAUUGACACAUCAGCAAUUUUAUCUGUAAGUUCCACAGUCAAAGAAGAGGAUGCACCUGUUAAAGAUGAAAAGUUUGUUCCAUCUUUGUCAUCAGAUAUUGUCACUAUGCCCAAAGCUUUGAAAGAAGAAGAAAAAGACAUAUGCUCAGAGACCCCUGCUGUUUCCUCUGAAUGUUCUACAUUCUCAGAGAAUAUUGAAGAUCCUGGAGAAGGUCCUUCAAAUCCAAAUCCAUGCACAGAUGCCACCCAGGAUCAACCUUCUGUGGAAUCAGAGACAGGUGCUGCAACAUCCUCUGCAAGUUGUUCAGGGGAAUGCCAGGCUUCAGUUAGUGCCUCUAACCCUGUCCUGGAUUAUUCACUUCUUGUGAAUAAUGAAAGAAGUUUUCAGAGGCUGGAUUUAGAGGAACUUGAGGAAGACAUUCAAGCUUCUGACAAGUCACCGAAUCUAAAUCCUGUUAGUGCUUCUGCACUAGAUGACAAUGAGGAAGAUGAAGAACUCCCACGCUUCAUUUUAAAUUAUGAGCCACGUUCAUUUGAAACAGGAAUGAUAGUCUGGUUUAAAUAUCAAAAAUACCCAUUUUGGCCAGCAGUGGUAAAAAGUAUCAGGCGUAAAGAGAGGAAAGCAAGUGUGCUUUUUGUUGAGGCAAACAUAAAUCCUGAGAAGAAAGGCAUUAGAGUACCAUUCAGAAGACUAAAAAAGUUUGAUUGUAAGGAGAAACAAGCACUAGUGGAUAAAGCCAGGGAGGAGUAUAGUGAAAGUAUCGACUGGUGCAUUUCAUUGAUUUGUGACUACAGAGUUAGAAUAGGUUGUGGAUCUUUUACAGGCUCUUUCCUUGAGUACUAUGCUGCUGACAUUAGUUAUCCAAUCAGGAAAGCAAUCAAACAGGAUACCUUCAGGAAUCGAUUUCCAAAGCUCCAGAGUGAUGAUACUGUGGAACAAAUGGUUGUGACUUCCCAGACCAAGAAAAUGGCCUUCCAGAAAAUUCUCCCUGACAGGAUGAAGGCUGCUCGGGACCGAGCCAACAAGAACCUGGUGGACUUUAUUGUGAAUGCAAAGGGAACAGAAAACCAUCUUUUGGCCAUUUUAAAAGGCACCAAAGCAUCCAGAUGGCUGAAAUCAUUUUUGAAUGCAAAUAGGUUCACACCCUGUAUUGAAACAUACUUUGAAGAUGAUGAUCAGUUGGAUGAAGUAGUGAAAUAUUUACAGGAAAUCUACAAACAAAUAGAUGAAAGCAUGCUGACUCGGAUAAAACAUGACAAAAUUAAAUUCAUCCUGGAAGUUCUCCUGCCAGAAGCAAUUAUUUUCUCAAUUUCUGCUGUUGAUGGAUUAGAUUAUGAAGCAGCUGAAGCAAAGUAUCUAAAAGGGCCUUCUCUCGGCUAUAGGGAAAGAGAAUUAUUUGAUGCAAAAAUCAUAUUUGAAAAGAGACGGAAACCAUUAACAAAUGAAGCUCAUUAA